AUGUCUGGACGUGGAAAGGGAGGCAAGGGUCUAGGAAAGGGAGGAGCCAAGCGUCAUCGCAAGGUUCUUCGUGAUAACAUUCAAGGUAUAACAAAGCCUGCAAUCCGCCGUCUUGCUCGUAGGGGUGGAGUAAAGCGUAUCAGUGGUUUGAUCUAUGAAGAGACACGUGGUGUGCUCAAGAUCUUCCUUGAGAAUGUUAUCAGAGAUGCUGUGACCUACACCGAGCAUGCUCGCCGCAAGACCGUUACUGCCAUGGAUGUGGUGUAUGCACUCAAGAGGCAGGGAAGAACUCUUUAUGGGUUCGGUGGUAUCAAGAAGGGUUGUGCACGUGCGAACUUUGGAGUGAUGCCGGUUUCUGGAAAUGAAGAGACUGGGGUUAAACCCCUUGCCCGGCAGUCUAGUCUUAAUAUUGCAGGUGUUCCUAUCAAGAAAAGGAGGUUCAUUCGCCAUCCGUCGCCUCCUUCAGAAGAAAAAUCUGUAACAUUUGUGGAAAAUGAUUCAGUACAGAAAGAACCUGGCAGCACAUCUAAGGAGUCAAGUCUUCCCUCUGCUAUUGUUGCAGCAAGUUCUGAUUUAUCAGACCCAUGCAAGAAUUCUGUACCUGAAGAAAACGAGAACAGGUCUGAUGGCAUUGUGCAAAUGAAUAUUGCUAGCUGGUCGGGAGUUAAAGUUGAAGAAUCGAACCUCAAAAUUCAGUCGGAUUCUUUGGCUAAGUUUGACAAGGAAGAGAAGCUUGUGGUGGCAGAAAAGUCUGCCAACCCGCUGUUGAAUUCAGCAAAAACUGAGUUGAAUAUAGAAGCCAAUAAAGGUCUUGGUCCCAAUGCUGGUAAAGAGAGACACAGGCAACAAAUAUCACAAGGAAAUUGUAAAUCGCAGACACCUAUAGUUUCAGGAACUUCUCAGUUUUCAGUAGGUUUAAAGGAACUUGAUGUUUCGUCAUUGGAACGUUAUAGCAGUGAUGGUAGUCAAAACCAUGAAAAUGUAGGGGCUGUUUCAUUGAAUUUGUCUUUAAGCAAGGGUGAGACUGGUGUUCAGUACAAAAUGGACCAUAUUCUGGCUAAAGACAGCACCAAUUUAUGUGCUAAUAGAUCAAACUGGGAUUUGAAUACUACUAUGGAUACAUGGGAUGGUUCUACCAGCGAUGAACAUGUAGCUCAAGUAACUGCUGAUGGGUGGAACAGAGUUGGUGUCACUCGUGAUAUUUCUACUGGAAUAGUUGGAACUGGUAUUGCUAAAGAAAAGCAACUCCUUGAUGAUAGUGAGCGCAGAUCUAGUUUGCCCCAAACAUCCUCAGAGUGUGCCAAGGAGUAUGCAUCUGAGGAUUCUCUUCAUCUACGUCUCAGUCCAUCAUUUCCUUCUUUUAACUUAAGGCAGGAGCCUUCCAGUUCUUCUGCUAACAAAGAAAGCCGUGUUCUUCCUAAUAUUAGCUUGCCUGGAGGCUUGCUUUCAGCAGGCAAUUUUACCAUGGUUAACUCUAGGACCAUAAAAUCUGAACCAUUUGAUGGGAGCGUCAAACAUGAUCCUAGAGGAGCUAAAGUUAGUCCAAUUGAUUUUUUUGUGAAGCGUGAGUUAGUUGAGAAGGGUAGUCCAGAAGCCUCAAAGUCUGCAGUUUUUGGUUCUGUGAAAUUAGUUGGUCAGGGAUUCAUAAAACCUGAACCAUUUCCAGUUGGUAUACCAGAAACAUGGAGGACUUUAGAGGGGGUGUCAAUCCAACGUGAUAAACAGGUGCUACAAAGUCAGGAUAGCGGAGGGCAACCUCCUUGUUCAACAAGUAAACAAGUGCUGCAAGGACAGGAUGCUAGAGGACAACCUACCUGUUCAACAGAAUGCAAGGCAAGGGAAGGUCAAGAUAUCUUAGCAAAACCUACUUGUUCAACAGAUUUGUCAAUAAGUAGCAAUGCAUCAGACCCCUUAGAGCAUACCGCUUGUGCUGAAGGUGCCCUUCUUAGGAAGGAGAUGCCAAAGGAAGCAUGUGAAAGUGCUGUGCAGGUUUCUUCAGAGAUGGGUUCUAUACCUGUGGGUCCCAGUGGUAACGAAUCGAAUGCUUCUGUUAAGAUAGAUACUGCAAUUACUGAAGACAGGGAUGUGGAUAAUCCUGUGCAGUGCGAGCUGAAAUUAACAGAGGAAGUCCCUGCAGGUUCACGUGGAAAUGGUGAGGGUUCUGUGACUGAUGAGGAAAAGAUUAACUUGUCUGGUGAUAUGCUAGAAGAAGAUUCUUAUGGCUCUGGCUAUGAGUCCGAUGGUCAUUCUAUGCCUAUGGAUAUAGAAGAAGAGUGUCGAGAACAUGAUUAUGAAGAUGGUGAGGUCCGAGAUCCGAAUCUGCAAGCUGCUUCAGAGUGUCAGAAAUGUGAGGAAAAAGAUGUUAGUCCUGGUAAUUGUAGUAAUUCUGCGCAUGAAAAAGCAAACUCUGACCUUGCUGGUGAUGAUCAUCAUAUUUUAUCCCAUGUUGAGGAAAGUGAUUCUAAAAUAAAAGUUUCUGAAACCAAUGAAGUUACCGUGAAAGAAUGUAUCACCACAGCCAUUGAAGAUGCUGAUAAUGCUUUUGUGAAAGAAUCAUCAACAGAUGAGAUUCCAGCUUGUGGGGCAGAUCAAGAGAGGGCAACCACAACCAUUCAAGGAAAAUCACUUGACAUAUCUGGGAAGAAAGAUGAUCCCAUGGGCCAGGGGGCAGAUUUGUCAUCUGGACAAGACAUUACUGGAGGUCAAGGAACUUUAGUUUCUGCUGAGCAAGGUUCAGACGAAAACAUUAAAACAAAUGAUGUGGAAAAGAAUGAGUUGCCUGAGGUAGACGCAUCUUUAAAUGGUGGUGAUAUGGCUAAGGAUGUCAGCAGCGGCCGGAGUAGGAUUAUAAACUUGUCACGAGCUUCUAAUUCCUCAUCUCCUGGGAAGACACGGCCUAUAUCAGGCAAGCCUGUACCGUCAUAUCGAGAGAGAUUACCUGAUGUGCCACUUGAGGGUGGUAAACUACAUCCCCGAGGGAGGGAUGGAAUUUAUUUUGAUGGCCCUCGCAGAUUCUCAAGAGAGAGGCAUCAAGAGCAUUUUCCCAGAAACUCUAGAAUGAAUUUUGUCCGUGGUAGAGGCAGGAUUUCCAGUCGGAUUGACACACUACGUGGUGACAGGGAUUCUGAACGUAACUAUGCCUCAGAAUUUUAUAAUGGUUCAUCAGAUUUUGCUGUUCGCAGACAUAAAUAUUAUGCUUCUGCUCUUGCUGAGGCAGGUUCUGAUUCUAUUAAUUAUAAUAUUGGACCAGAUGGUGCAUUUGUAGGUACUGCACGGGGAGGGAGAAAGCUAUUGGAUGAUGAGACACCAGUUUUCCGCCAGUUACCCUCAAGGAGGCGGUCUCCUGGAUUGAGAGAUGGGCCUGCCGCACGGGGCAUUCAAAUGAUGCAUAGAGUUCCUCGAAACAUUGGUGAACAAGGUUCUGAAGUUAUUGGAGUUAGGCAUGCUGAGAACAUGAGGGGGUUCCCUGAUGAUGGUUCAGAGGAGGCGUUUACACGUCCUCAACCUUCAUUUGAAGGUUUAGAUGGUCAUUUUGUCCAAGGGACUAGGAACUAUUCCUCUGUUCAGAGAAGGGUUCAUCCCCAAAUUCGUUCAAAAUCCCCAAUUAGAUCUCGUUCUCCUGGUCCAUGGUCAUCUGCCAGAAGAAGAUCUCCAGAUGGGUUUGGUGGAACCUCAGAAUUGCCUAAUCGAAGAUCACCAAUUUAUCGGAUGGGGAGGAUCAGGUCACCUGAUCAUCCUGUUUUUCCCAGGGAAAUGGUCUUUAGGAGGCACGGUUCACCAUCAUUCUCAUCUCGACCUAAUGAUACGAGGGAAAUGGAUCCUGGUCGUGAUCACAGCCAUCCAAGGUCUAUCGUCUCUAAUAGGGCCCAAACUGGAAGGGUUUUGCUCAGAAACACUAGGAGAUUUGGUAUUACAGAUCCUCGAGAAAGGACGGACGGUGAUGAGUUCUUUGGAGGGCCCAUGCACUCUGGCCGGUUUCAUGAGCUUGGUGGUGAUGGUAAUGUUGAAGAUAGAAGAAGGUUUAGUGAGAGACGGGGACCUGUCCGUACAUUUAAGCCUCCUUUUAAUGGUGCUGAUGGUGAAAAUUUUCAUCUUAAUCCUGAGGACGGCCCUAGACCUUUUAGGUUCUUUCCAGAAGAUGACCCACAGUUCAAUGAAAGAGCUAAUUUGAGGGAAAGGGAGUUUGAUGGACGGAUUAAGAACCGUGCUGGAAAUGUACCGAGAAGACCCAGAGGCAUUGAAGAGCAGGAAGGAAAUUACAGGCAUGGUGGGCAGGCGUUAUAUGACGAUGGGUUUGAUGAUGUUACACGAAUGAAGAGGAAAAGGUUUUAA